AUGGGGAUCAUUACAUUACUAGGACUGGGCACCAUUUGGUCAUAUCAUGCCACAAUCAUCCAUACCUAUUUUGUAGUCAGUUUGUAUCAUGAUUCAAAGAUAUCUGAAUCCUCUGAGAUAUCCAUGAGGAAGAUAAUUGACUCAGAAUUUGCAUCUGUUGAAGUGGCCACAAUGCAGUUGUCUGACUCCUGGUUCAAUGCAGUUAUCAUCAAGGUCCUAGCACACAAUGCAAUUUACCUUCCAAAUUAUAUCUGCCAAAUCACUGAUUACAAUCUAGGGAUAUACACUGCACUAGUGACAGAUUUACUGUGGAAGAUUCGUGCAUAG